AAUAUAUCUACCCAAUGAGAUCUUGCAGAUAUUAAUCGGUACCACUUUUGGGACGAGCGAACGAGAGAACAAAAUGCCAAACUGUUGAGGGCACUAUUCCCGAAUACUGUAGCGGUAAAUUCCCCGGUAGUUACAGUUAAGUGAAAAUGGCGAGCAAUCCUACAGUGUUUUUGUUGAUGUUAAGUGGGCAAAUUGAAAGCGGCGAUUUUCCAGAGUUUGACGAUCUUUAUGUCAAGUACAAUUUUGUCUUUGGACCGGAUUGGGUCAUAACAUCGGGUCUCGAGGAAGGCAUAUCUCAGGUGUGCAAGAAAAGCCAAGAUGGGAGACAGCUGUUUGUCUGGAAUUUCCCGUUGGAGGUUACCUUUAAGAGCACCAAUCCCCAUGGCUGGCCCCAGAUUGUAGUCAGCGUUUAUGGCUUGGACUUCAGUGGCACAGCUGUUGUUAGAGGAUAUGGGGCAGUACACAUCCCAAUUUGCCCUGGAAGACACCAAAGAAUCCUGCCAAUGUUUGUCCCCGAGUCAUCUUCAAGAUUCCAGAAAUUUACCAGUUGGCUUUUGAGUCGGCGACCAGAGUUCGUGGACGUGAACGUGGUGGCAAGGAGCGAGGGCAGGGAAGUCACCAGGGUACGCUCACAGGGCCACAUCAAGGUCACUUUCAACGUCAUCACCCGUGACAUGAAGAAGCUUGGCUAUGACGUCAUGCCGUCCACAGUCAAGAUCCCCGGGGCAGACACUGCCGCAGCGCUUGCGGCAACCUCCGCGCCAGCAGCCGCAGGGGCUGCUGCAGCUGCACAGCAGACAGCUGAGGUGGCCGGACCUAGUGAGACAGUCACAUGAGCAUUUGACAUCCGUUGAACUUGAGGUUUACAUGUUACCCUCCAUCAACCUUGUGACCAAUAAUUUUAGACCUCCCUGCUGGCAUCAUUGAUGCAUUGACUUUCACUGCCAAGACCAGAUUGAUUCAUUCCAUGUUGAAAUUUUGUCCUUUGAAAUAUCAGUGAAAAGUCUUGUAAAGAAAUCAUUUUGCUGAACUAGGUGAGAGCUUUUUAUUCAGUUAUUGGCAUUCAAAGGUAUUUUUGAGAAUUCCACCCAGUUGGAGUUUUAUAUUUAGCUAUUUCAGUGAGCCAGUUCAGUAUUCCAACAAGGCAUGCGUCCGAGGUCAUUCACCUCGUACGUGCACACCUAAGGUCUGCCCUCUCAGCCAUAUACCGAUUGGCACUCAUGCAUGGUUUGACCUUGCUGAAAUACCACACUGGCUCACCGAGAUUGAUUAAUAAAGUUCUACCCCAAAACAUGGCUGUUUGUCGAUUUCUGUCAAAGAAUUGAGUGUCCAGUAAUGCCCUAUUUAUCUGAAAAUCACACAAUAAAUUGUGAUUGUGUUGAUUUUGUUGAUCAGCUCAAAUGUCUCACAAGAAGAUUGUUUAGAGUGUUGCCAAGGCUGUGAACAAAACACAGGUCACAUCCAUACAUCAUUCUCUGGGUUCCAAGGCUAUGAGAUAAUCAAUUACUUCCAAUCAAUAAUGCUGUCAGAUCCUCACAUCUUUACAAGUCCUCACAAUGCCCCACAACUCCUCAAAAGUCUUUACAAGUACUCAGAAAUCGUCACUAGUCCCCACAAGUUCAAGUGCCCACAAGUGCUUAUGAGCCCCCACAAGUCCUCACAAGUCAUCAGAAGUCCUUGCAAGUCCUCACAGUCCUUUACAAGUCCCCCAAGUCAUAUUACAAGAUAUCCAAUUGAACAGGAAAGUAAAAGUAUUCCUUGGGCCCUGCUUUGUUUUUCUUGCAACUUGACUUGUGAUGGAUUCAAUAUGGUAGGGGAAGAUUUAUUGUACACCCAUGCAAUUGCCUCUGUGCGAUUUUGACAUCAGUUGCCUGUUUGAGCAGCAUAUAAGUCUCCUGAGAAAGCUGCAUUGGAGAGGAUAGUUGGCAUUUGAAAUAGAUAAACCUAGGGUGUGUUUAUGAAAAACCUUUAUCUGCCUGAAUCCGACUUUGCACAGAACUUGUUACAUUAUUCGUCUGAGACAUUAUUGGGCAUCAACUGUCGUGUUUCAGUCAGAAUCUGCAAAACCAGUCGUUUGACGUUUGUAGAGGUUUUUUUUUUAACUUACAAGGAAUAUCUAAAUAUGUGUUUUUUCACAAACCCAAGGAAACACAUUUGUGUUCAAAAUUUGUUCCAAUUAAUUUUAUUCUUUAUGUUGCUCUGUUAAGGAUGCUUUGGGUCAUCUUUGGUGUCUUAUGAUAAAAAGGUUAGCGUUUCAGAAUACAGAUUCUUUUAGCUUUAGAAUUUGCCAGAAUAUGGGAAUUUUUGCCUUGGUCAGUUUCUUUUUUUCACUUUUGAUUAAGAACAAGACGGUCUGUCAUUGAGAAAACUUUGUGUGUUACUUGUUUUCAGUGAAAUGCUCUGCAGGUCUCCAAAGACGUACUUGCGUCGGGGAGAUGAUAAUUUUUAAUUAUGCGUUUUUUUGUCCUUACACCCUGUGGAUACCCUGUGGAAAAAAAGAACUGGCCUGCAAGAUGGCAGCCAUGCAAACCCUCUAUAGUGAGCAAAAGAUCCUGGGUACAGGUCCCACCCGAGUAAGCUUGUGAAUUUUUUUGUUCGAGCUCUCGGACAAAUCUGAACACUCGGUUUUAUUUAUAUACGUUGGUGUAAGGGCAAAAGACCCAUAAUUAAAAGAUUGACUCUGCAAGUUCAAAAGUUAUAUAGAAAAAUCCUCAAAGCCUAGUGUGUGCUGUCUCAGUAACCAUUCCAUAGUAGUUGUUGAACACACGUGAUUGUGCCAUAAUUAUUUCUGACUGUUGUGUAGAGGAACAGAUAAACUGUGCAUGAUUUAACAAAUUCCCAACUGAUUUAAACACGCGGUUAAGGAAUUUGCCGGGCAGCAUUUAUUUCUUUGCGAAACAGCUCCAUUGAAUUGGGUCCUGGUGCUCUUUCUCCGUAAAGGGCGUGUUUUUUGUGUUAUUUUUAUGUUUUUGCUUCCUUCUUCCAUUUUGUUAUUGAACCCUCGAUUUUCAUAGAUGCCCCUGAAUUCCAGGAAUUGGUUAAUUUGCAAAUGGGUUAAUUAACACAAAGGAAUUUGCUGACUUUUCUCGUUAAAGAAGUUGAUGUGGGAGAUUUCUGAAAGUUUAUGCAAAAUGUAUUGCAAAAAUGUUGUCAAGAGAAGUGUUAUACCUUGUAUACGAAUUCCCCCCCCCCAAAAAAGUUUUCUUUCUUCCUUUUCUUUAUCAAACCACCUUGGUUCCUGUAACCACCCACACACACUUUGCCAGCUUUCAAAGGCUUUGAUUUUUCACCUUUACCUGUUAAUAUUCAAGUCGGGAAUUGUUUGGAUUUGCUGCUCUUAGUUCCUGUGUGAAACUAAUAUUUGAAUUUGUCAUAUAAACCGUGAAACCGUUCAACUAAAUUCCCACCUUCUAGGGUUUUUAAGUGACUAUCAAGAGGGCAACAUUUUGUUACAGGUUGUGACCUUGGUAUGCUCUUUGCUGGUAAUACAUUGUAAUAAUAAGGCAAAUCCUUGUCGGAUUUACGUCAAA